GAGUGUAGAUCUCCACGUUUGUUUUGUAUGGGACUUUUCUGCCAUAAUUGCAAACAUGGGACACACGACUUUGGAUAAGAUUAAAGCACUACAGAAGAAUCCUGCCAAUAUCAGGAACCUCUGCAUUCUAGCUCAUGUGGACCAUGGCAAAACAACACUGGCUGAUUGCUUGGUGGCAAGCAAUGGCAUUAUAUCAAGUCGCUUAGCUGGAAAGCUGAGGUACCUGGACAGCCGAGAGGAUGAGCAGAUCCGGGGAAUUACAAUGAAGUCCAGCGCGAUCUCACUGCACUACGCUUCGGAGGAGAAGGACUACCUGAUAAACUUGAUCGACUCUCCGGGCCAUGUCGACUUCUCCUCUGAGGUGUCCACCGCUGUUAGACUGUGUGACGGGGCCAUCAUCAUGGUAGAUGCUGUGGAGGGAGUCUGUCCGCAGACCCAGGCAGUGCUACGUCAGGCGUGGCUGGAAAACAUCAGGCCAGUGCUGGUGAUUAACAAGAUGGACCGACUCAUCAUGGAGCUCAAGUUCACCUCUCAGGAAGCCUACACACACCUGCAGAAGAUUUUAGAACAGGUGAAUGCAGUGACUGGCUCUCUGUUCACAUCCAAAGUGCUGGAGGAGCGGGCAGAUAAGGAGAAGGAGAAGGACAAGGAGAAGGAGAAGGAGAAGGAGGACAUUGAUCCAAUGGGGUGCUCUGGGUCAGAGCAGGUUUAUGACUGGAGUGCCGGGCUGGAAGAUUCAGACGACUCCCAGCUGUACUUCUCUCCAGACCAGGGGAAUGUUGUCUUUGCCAGUGCCACAGAUGGGUGGGGCUUCAGCAUCCAGCAGUUUGCCAAUAUCUACAGCCAGAAGAUGGGCAUCAGAGGUGAGGUGCUACGAAAGACCCUCUGGGGAGACUUCUACCUCCACGCUAAAGCCAAGAAGAUUAUGAAGGGAGCUCAUACAAAGGGAAAGAAGCCUCUUUUUGUUCAGCUUGUGCUGGACAACAUCUGGAGUUUAUAUGAUGCUGUUGUCACCCGACGAGACCAGGAUAAGGUGGAGAAGAUGAUGUUGUCGCUGGGUGUAAAAGUGAUGGCCAGGGACUCCCGUCACUCCGACCCCAAAGUCCUCCUCUCUGCCAUCUGCGGCCAGUGGCUGCCCGUCUCACAAGCAGUCCUCUCCAUGGUGUGUGAGAAGCUCCCCAGUCCACUGGACAUGACCUCCGAGAGGAUCGAGAAACUGAUGAGUGUGGGAGCGCGUAGGUUCGACUCACUUCCCACACAGACCCAGGAGCUGAAGACAGCCUUCAUGCAGUGUUCCUGUGAGGACACAGCCCCGGUCAUUGUCUUUGUGUCCAAGAUGAUUACGGUGGACGCCAAGUCCUUACCUCAGAACAAACAGAGGCCUCUGACCCAGGAGGAGAUCACCCAGCGCCGGGAGCUGGCCAGACAGAGACAUGCUGAGAGACAGGCCACCAGUCAACAGACGGGUAACGAGGAGGGAAAUGCCCACGCAGGAAGUACAGCCCCAGCACAUAGUCCUGGUGACAACAGUAUAGGUAGCCAGGCUGUCUUGAGCCAAAUGCAGGCCCUGACUGUGGCAGCUAAACCAGAGGACGAGGGGAAGCAGAUAUUUGUUGCCUUUGCCAGAGUCUACAGCGGUGUGGUUCGGAGGGGUCAGAGGGUGUUUGUGCUUGGGCCCAAGUACAACCCUGCACAAGGCCUACGCGUGCUCCCAGAGGGCAGUACCAGCAUGACUGGCUCUCUUCCACCUGUUCCUCACCUGGCCUGCUGCACCCUAGACAGCCUGUACCUGCUGAUGGGCCGGGAGCUGGAGGAUCUAGAAGAGGUGCCGCCAGGAAACGUGCUGGGUAUUGGCGGACUGGAGGAGUGUGUGUUGAAGUCUGCGACCCUGUCAACUUCCCCCGCACUGCCACCCUUCAUCCCACUGAACUUUGAGGCGACACCCAUUGUUCGAGUGGCCAUUGAACCCAAACACCCAAGUGAGAUGCCUAAAUUGGUGCGCGGUAUGAGGCUACUGAACCAGGCUGACCCAUGUGCCGAGGUUCUGAUCCAGGAGACAGGAGAACAUGUUCUGGUUACCGCUGGAGAGGUUCACCUGCAGCGUUGUCUGGAUGACCUCAGAGAGAGGUUUGCCAAGAUCAAGAUCAGUGUGUCCAAGCCCAUCAUCCCUUUUAGAGAGACUGUGGUUAAACCGCCCAAAGUGGACAUGGUCAAUGAAGACCUUGGGAAACAACAGAAGGUGGCUGUUAUACACCAGGUGAAAGAGUCGGACACCCUGCACCUGGACCCCAGUGGCCUGGUCACCCUCACCACCCCCAACAGACAGGCCACGGUGGGGGUAAGGGCCGUACCCCUACCUGAAGAGGUGCCUCUUCUCCUGGAAGGGAGUGCCGACUUGAUCCGGACCCUGGAGCAGGCGGGUCAGGCCCAGAGGGAUGGGAGGUUCCUGGACAUGAGUCCCCGGACCCAUGAUGCUCUUCUGGGACUGAAGAGCAAGCUGGAGGGUCUGCUGCAAGGGAGGAAAUGGAGGAACGCAGUGGACCGGAUAUGGGCCUUUGGACCACGCAGGCAUGGACCAAACAUCCUACUGAACAGUGUGGAGGGGUACCAGAGACCGUCUGUGUGGCACUGCCUGGAACGAGACAAAGGGGAGAAAGACGGGGACAAUGCUAUUCGAGACUUUGACAACAGCAUUGUCAGCGGUUUCCAGCUCGCCACCCUCUCCGGACCCAUGUGUGAGGAGCCGCUCAUGGGCGUCUGUUUCUCAGUGGAGAGAUGGGAGAUGAACUUCCCCAUCCAGCGCACCCACCUGGACUCCGUGGGCGAUGAAGACUCCAACUCCCACGAUGCACCAGCAUCCUCUUCCGAAAGCCCUGCCGAUACUGCAGGUCAGCCGGAGGGCCGGGGCGAGGCAGGCAGAGUGUGUGAAACGGCGCAGGCAGAGGGUGCCGUGGCCAGGCCCAGCCAGCAGAGGCGGCAUGAGGACAUCGGGGCUGGGGUCGUGGACUGUUACGGACCGUUCUCUGGCCAGCUGAUCGCUGCUGUGAAGGAGGCUUGUCGACACGCAUUCCAGGCCAAACCUCAGAGACUCAUGGCUGCUAUGUAUACCUGCGAGAUCAUGGCUACAGCAGAGGUGCUAGGUCGUGUGUACGGGGUCCUGGGGAAAAGAGAGGGCCGGGUGUUACAAGAGGAGAUGAAGGAGGGGACAGACAUGUUCAUCAUCAAGGCAGUUCUUCCUGUGGCUGAAAGCUUCGGAUUUGCUGAUGAGAUACGCAAGAGGACCAGCGGAUUGGCUAGUCCCCAACUGGUCUUCAGCCACUGGGAGGUGAUCGGCAGUGAUCCCUUCUGGGUCCCUACCACAGAGGAGGAGUACCUCCACUUCGGAGAGAAGGCAGAUUCAGCCAAUCAGGCCCUGAAAUAUAUGAACGCUGUCCGCCGACGCAAAGGACUCUACGUUGAGGAGAAGAUUGUUGAGCACGGUGAGAAACAGAGAACACUCGGGAAGAACAAAUAGACGUGUGUGCUUGCUGAUUGACUCCAGCCAACAACACACCUGAGACACCAUGAAGAGCCUCCAGUGAAUACUGUCUCCCUUUGCUCCACCCACAUCGGCCCCUUUAACUGUCACCCAAAACGAGCCACUGCGGCUUCUACAUUAUGAAGCAGUUUCCCAGAGAUUCUCCAUAGAGAAUGCUUUUCAGUCAGAAUUGCUUAAUCUGUGUCUGGGAAGCCGGCCCUGUGUGUUUUCAUAGCAGGAGAUGCAGCUGGGUGUUUGCUCGGGAGAAUCCCUUUCUGCUAUGCAUAAUUGAUGAGUGUUCCCUUUGAAAUCCAGUUUUGCUGUUAAGUGAUGUGGCUUGAAUUAAUUUCUGCUAUCAGCCCAACUCAAUUGCAUUACCUAGCGUGCCCCCCUCUCCCCCUAGAACGGUGUUUAAUUUGAAAACAACGCCGAGUAUGUUGAAAAAUGAAAGUAUUUUAAUUAUUUGAAGGCCACACUAGAGAGCUGUCAUCCUGUUGAUAUGCUAUGUUGAGAGCUAUGGGUACAUUUAAUGUGUACAAGAGACCAAAUAAAAUGUUGAUAUUUUGCAGAAAGCAAUAAAU